CGGGUACGGCGACCGCCGGGGUCUGGGAAUCUAGCAGAAGCUCCGGGGCGACUCCGGUUUUCGUUCGGUUGCUAGUCGCAGGAUUCGAGCGCUCGAGGGUGGGUCGUCUCGUCGUGGGUGCGUGCGUAUACGUGCGUGUCGUGAAAUACAUACGUGGAGUGCGCGAGCGCGUGAGAAAGCCAGCGAGAUACACGCACACACAUAUACGAGAAAAAAAGGAGAGACGAAUGGUCUCGAGGUAGGAGAAACGCCAGACGGAGAGAAAGGAAGAAAGAAAGGAAGGAACGCCGAAGUCAGCCGCUUGUAAGCCAGAGAGAGACAGAGAGAAAGCGGUGAGGGGGGAGAAGACUCGUCGCGUUGUAUGUAUGCACAUACGUGUGUGUCGCACAGUGCCGUCGAGAAGGAGGAGCGGGAGGCGGAGGAGGAGGAACGAAGCGGCGACCAGUGUUCUCUGUCGAGGCUAAGCGAGGCCUCCGAGGAAAAUAUACUUUAUCGCGCGUCGCUAUCGAUCGCGUUCGUCGCCGUCGUCGUCGGCCACCGUGCCGGAUCUCCUCGUGCACGCCACUCGUGCCGGACGCCACGAAUUCCGCUUUCCUCUCUUUCUCUCUCUCGCGCGUAGCGUAGCUCCCCCCUCAUUCCCGCCCGUCUCUCGCCGUCGCGCGGCGUGACUCCCCGCCCCUCCCACGGUCGCUUGUUGUCCGCCGCCACCUCUUCGCCGCGUGCGCGCGGCCGCUCUCCUCGGGGUGCCGGCUGCCUUCGCUCGCCCGACGGCCCGACGCUCUGCUGUGCGCGCGGGGGGGCGGCGAGAAGGGAGGAAGACGGCGAAGAGCAGUGUGGCGGUGGUGGCGGGACGCGCCGGGAGGAGUACAGGUGCAGGUGCAUGCAUAUAGACGGCGGUAACGACGACGGGCACGUAGGAGAGCGCGAGGUCCCUCGAGCGGGGCGAGGGGGAGGAAGGUGAAGAAGAAGAAGAAGAAGCAGUCGACGGCGGGCGAGCGGAGCGAGAAGAGAAAAGGAGCGGAAGAAGGAGAAAGAAGAGGAGGAGGGGGAGACGGCAGACGUACACGCGAGCGCGUAGCGGCGGAAAGAGUGUAGUCGCGAGCGCGGAGCGCGGCCGACCGACGUUCCUCGUCCUCGUGUGUGCGCGCGGGUCGAAAGUUCUUUUUCCUCGUUACCGUCCUCGCGCGCGUGCAGUGCCGCUCGAUCGACGGGUUUAGCAGAGGUUCCCCCCCCCCCCCCCCCUCGGCACCGUGGCAGGAUGGACGACACCGCGGGCCCGCCGCGAACGUCGGACGUAGCGGCGAUGGGAAGCGAGAGCGCGGACGACGCCGCCGCCGCCUCGAAGAUGCGGACGAUCGACGAUGACGACGCGAGUGCCGCCCCCGCCGCCCCUACCACGGGCGACGCCGCCGUCGAGUGCCGCCGCGAUAACCGGGGCUCGAUAAGGGCCGCGUCCCCGGAACCCGCAGCCGCUGACGCCGCCGCCGCAUCCGCAGCCGCAGCUGCCGCCGGCCCCGCAGCCGGGGUGUGGCUGCGUGGCGCGGCCGCCGACCGGGACGAGAUCACCGUGUGCAUCACGCCGACCACCGGCGGCCAGUUCGAGCUCGCGGUGGACCGCAACGACACCGUGGAGAAUCUCAAAAAGAUCAUCUCCAAGAAGCUGAAGGUCGCCAAGGAGCGCAUCUGCCUGCUGCAUCGCGAGAGGUGA